CAUUGGUGCAUAAUGUAAGUCAACUAGCCAAUUCAUAUCAAAUCAUAAAAAAUACUAUGGUACCAUAUAUUCUUUAGAUAUCUCUCUCUCACACACACAUUUGUUCUGCUAGCUAGGUGCUCGUCUUCCUAAAGGGUCAAGAUGGAAAAUCUUCCUUUCAUCAUUGGAGUCAUAGGCAACAUCUUUUCAGGUCUCGUGUUUCUUUCCCCAGUAGGGACAUUCAAUAGAAUAGUAAAGAAUGGAUCAACAGAGGAUUUUGAUAGCCUUCCCUACAUUUGUACAUUGCUUAAUUCAUCUUUGUGGACUUAUUAUGGAAUUAUUAAGCCAGGCAGCUACCUUGUCUCUACCGUCAAUGGCUUUGGUGUCAUCGUUGAGACUAUCUACAUUGCCUCGUUCCUCCAGUUUGCUCAUCCAAAAAUGAGAAAUAAGACAGCCAACCUAGUUGGGGUUCUAAAUGUGGGCAUUUUAGGAACAACUCUAUUAUUGGGGCAGUUAUUUUUACAUGGUCAAAUGAGAAUUAACGUUAUUGGUUUCCUUACCGCAGGUCUAACCAUCAUCAUGUACAGCUCCCCUUUUGGUGUUGUGAAAACCGUGGUGACAACGAAGAGUGUUGAGUAUAUGCCAUUUUUCCUAUCAUUUUUCCUUUUCAUAAAUGGUGGCGUUUGGACUUUGUACGCCGUGCUUGUCAGUGACUGGUUUGUUGGAGUAUCAAAUGGGACGGGAUGGUUUCUGGGAGCAGUGCAGCUGGUUAUAUACGUCAUUUACCGGAACCCUAAUUAUUCAUCAAAACAAGUCGUCGAAGAUUUAGAAGACCAAACGGCAUGCCUGCUGCCACCUUCUUCCAGCUCACAAACUCAAGAGUAAAAACAUAAGGUCAAAUGGUGAAUAGGGUAAUUAUUUUAUGUUGAAGCAAAGAGAAGAUGAAUAACUCUAUUCUAUUGAUAGCUGUUACAUGAAAUGAAUUGAUGUUGUCAAGAAUUUGGAAACAUGAAUACUUGUAUGUCAUUAAAUUCUUCAUUUUAAAUUGCUUUGAAUUUUAGU